UUGCAGCAAUACUGGUGCAAUAUGGCUACUUUUAAGAGCUUUAAGUCGCUCGUCAAGCUGCAACACAAAGAAGGGACCUUAUUUGAAGUUGUUGGAGACUCCAGCAAGCUGCCCAAGUGGUUCCAUACCGAGUAUCUGGAUGAUCCAAAAGCAAUGUACGUGGAUGCUUGGCUCGUGGAAGCGAUGUUUGGUAGGGAUGGAGAGUACAUUCCACAUGCCGAGCGUAUGACGGGUACCUUGCUUCAAGUGAACCAGUGGGAUCCUGAAGGGGAAGCUGAGAUUUUGAUAUUCGGGCCUCGGUAUCACCAAAAGGACGUUUCACAGAUGAUCUCAAACUUGGCUGACUAUUUCUGCAAGAAAACAAUGAAAGAGAAGGACCUUUUGCAAGAGGCUGAGACCCAGUGUCUUCCUGUGGAGGUUCAGGAGGCUGCCACCCAGCCUGCUCCUGUGGAGGUUCAGGAGGCUGCCACCCAGCCUGCUCCUGUGGAGGUUCAGGAGGCUGCCACCCAGCCUGCUCCUGUGGAGGUCCGUGAUGUUGCCACCCAGCCUGCUCCUGUGGAGGUCCGUGAUGUUGCCACCCAGCCUGCUCCUGUGGAGGUCCGUGAUGCUGCCACCCAGCCUGCUCCUGUGGAGGUUCAGGAAGCUGCCACCCAGCCUGCUCCUGUGGAGGUCCGUGAUGUUGCCACCCAGCCUGCUCCUGUGGAGGUCCGUGAUGUUGCCACCCAACAGACUCCCCUGAAGGUCCGUGAUGCUGCCACUCAGCUGGCUCCCCUAGAGGUCUGUGAUGCUGCUGCCCAGCUGGCGCCUGUGGAAGUCGGUGAUGCUCCUACCCAGCAGACACCUCUAGAGGUCCGUGAUGCUGCUGCCCAGCUGGCUCCCGUGGAAGUCGGUGAUGCUCCUACCCAGCUGGCUCCCCUGGAGGUCUGUGAUGCUGCUGCCCAGCUGGCUCCCGUGGAAGUCGGUGAUGCUCCUACCCAGCAGACACCUCUAGAGGUCGGUGAUGCUGUGGUCCAGCAGGCUCCCCUGGAGGUCAGGGAUGCUGGGGCCCAGCACACUCCCCUGGAGGUUUGUGAUGUUGUUGCCCAGCUGGCUCCAGUGGAAGUCAGUGAUGCUCCUACCCAGCUGGCUCCCCUGGAGGUUGGGGAUGCUGCUGCCCAGCAGACUCCCCUGGAGGUUUGUGAUGCUGCUGUCCAGCUGGCUCCCGUGAAAGUCGGUGAUGCUCCUACCCAGCAGACAACCCUAGGGGUCAGUGAUGGUGCAGCACAGCAGGCUCCCCUAGAGGUUGGUGAUGCUGCUGCCCAGCUGGCUCCCGUGGAAGUCGGUGACGCUCCUACCCAGCAGACUCCCCUGGAGGUCAGUGAUUCUCCUACCCAGCUGGCUCCCAUGGAGGUUGGUGAUGCUCCUACCCAGCUGGCUCCCCUGGAGAUCGGAGAUGCUGCAGCCCAGCAGGCUCCCCUAGAGGUCAGUGAUGCUGCUACUCAGCUGGCUCCUGAGGAAGUUGGUGAUGUUGCAUUCCAGCAGACUCCCUUAGAGGUCCGUGAUGCUGCUCCCCAGCAGGCUCCCCUAGAGGUUAGUGAUGCCGCUGCCCAGCUGGCUCCAGUGGAGGUCAGUGAUGCUGUUGCCCAGCAGACUCCCCUAGAGGUCGGUGAUGCUGACACCCAGCAGGAUCUUGUGGAGGCUAGUGAAGCUGCCACCGAGCACACUUCAGUCUCCCAUUGAAGUCUAUGAGGCUGCCAUCCAGCAGCAUUCUGUAGAGGUCUCCGAGGCUCAGUCCCAGAAUUUCUCGAGGUUGUUCUUGAGGCGGGGCGGCAACACCAAGAGUUCUUCUAUGGAGAGCCAUGAGAUGAGAGCCCAGCAGCCUUUUGAGCCAGCUGGGAACCACUUACCAAGUAAUAAAGGUGACCCAGGGUUGAGCCAGAAUAAAUGCGGUGCACAUCUGUAACCUCAGCUCCUGGAGGCAGAGGCAGGGUGCUCUCAAGUUCCCAGGCUAGCCUGGGAUGAAUGGAAGAUCUAAAACUUUGUUAAAUGUUUAUAAAUAAAGCU